AUGGCCCGGAAGCACACAAAGCACAAAUCCAUCACGUACAAGGAAACCGACAACGACUCGGACUAUGCUCAUGGUUCUAACCAAGACGACGAUACCGACUAUCUCGCCAUCUUCUGCGGUCGCAUCAAGCAAGAAAUCCUGUCCAAAGGCACCAAGCUGGACUGGUCCGAACUCAAGGUAGUCGUCAUCAAGGAUGCAAUCAUCAAGUACGUGACCCGCCCGACAUUUUCCAUGUGUGCUUCUCAACCUUCCUUCCUCUGGGUUACUCGAAAUCUUAUCAAGUUGAUCGACAUUAUCCACUAUCCUCCGUUCGCCGGUAAACCCUCAUCUCUGCCAUCGCAUCUCCAGAGAAAUUUCUAA